AGUGUAGCCCCAGCAGUGCCACCUUCAGUGCCACAUAUCAGUGCUGCCAAUCAGUGCCAGUCAGUGCCGCCUAACAGUGCCAGUCAGUGCUGCCUAUCAGUGCUAGUCAGUGCUGCCUAUCAGUGCCACCUAUCAGUGCCAACUAUCAGUGCCAUAUAUGAGUGCUGCCUUUCAGUGCCCAUCAGUGAUGCCUCUCAAUGCCCAUCAGUGCCACCUACCAGUGCCUCCGCAUCAGUGCCACCUAUCAGUGUCCAUCAGUGC